CAAAGCUACUAUAGCUUUCAAUUUGUAGCCGUCUUUAAAAGGGUGUUUUCGAAAUUCCGAUUCAACCAGAUACUUAUAAAUAAAAAGUUAUUUGCGUUAUCAAGGUUUAAAUAAUUAAAAACUAGUUAAAUGUAUACGAAAUCGCCACGAACAUCUAGACAACCACAAAAAUGAACACAAAUCACAAUUGUUCAAAUCUGCAGAUAGUGAAAAGCGUUUGUUGUUGUUGAUAAGGAUGAAGUGGCUAUUGUGUUGGCAUAAGAAAUUGAAGAAAAUGCUGGUAGGUUGGAAACCUUUACAUUGGUUUGCCUUCUGCGCAUUGUGCCUGCUAGCACUGGGUGCCUACUGGUAUAUCUGGGCAUCCGAGGUACGAAUUGAGGAGACCUGGAGUAACGCCAUUAAACCUUUAGGAAGAACAGCAACAGUCACAAGUGGUGCAUCAGUCUCACUACCUUUGGAUAAUUUCGAUUAUGAGGAACAAUUAGUAGUACUGUAUAAUCGUGUACCUAAAACGGGCUCCACAAGUUUUGUUAACAUUGCUUAUGAUUUGUGCAAGCGUAAUAAGUUUCACGUCUUGCAUAUAAAUGUGACCGCAAAUAUGCAUGUGCUUUCGUUGCCUAAUCAGAUUACAUUUGUGCGUAAUGUUACUAAAUGGCAUGAAAUGAAGCCAGCGCUCUAUCAUGGUCAUAUGGCGUUUUUGGAUUUUUCCAAAUUUCAAAUAGCACACAAACCUAUUUAUAUUAAUAUAGUUCGUAAGCCAUUGGAUAGGCUAGUUUCAUACUAUUAUUUUCUACGUUAUGGUGAUAACUAUCGUCCGAAUUUAGUACGUAAAAAGGCGGGUAAUAAAAUUACUUUCGAUGAGUGUGUUUUAUCGAAGCAACCAGACUGUGAUCCAAAGAACAUGUGGCUGCAAAUACCAUUCUUCUGCGGUCAUGCAGCAGAGUGUUGGGAGCCUGGUAGCGAAUGGGCAUUAAAUCAGGCGAAACAUAAUUUGGUUAAUGAAUAUUUUCUAGUUGGUGUUACAGAGCAAAUGGAGGACUUUGUCGAUCUGCUCGAACGUUCAUUACCGCGUAUAUUUCAUGGUUUUCGCGAACACUAUCAACAUUCCAAUAAAUCACAUUUACGUCAAACAUCAUGGAAAAUUGCACCUAACGAUGAUACAAUAAAUACAAUACAUAAAACGAAAAUCUGGCAAAUGGAGAAUGAAUUAUACGAAUUUGCAUUGGCACAGUUCGAAUAUAAUAAACGUAAAUUGACUGUGCCCGACAAUAAACAUUUGCAAAAAUUUAUGUACGAAAAGAUAAGACCUAAAUGAUAGCUGAUACGCAAAAUUAGUUCAAAAUCAACAAAGAUGCGCAAGAAAUGCACAAAUAUAUAAAAAAAUAUGGUUAGCAUAUGUAUGUGUGUGCGCGCAAUAUGAAACGGAAUGCGGAGUGUUGAUGUGAUUGCUAACGUUAGAAUAUACAGACAGGCAAAGAAAGUAAUGCGUGUAAAUGCAAAAUGCAAACAUACAGCUUGUAAUGAAAAAACCCCAUAAAUAUUAAUGCCUCCCCCAAUUGUAGUCAAUUUUUAGUUGUAAAUUUUUCUUACGGAUUUUUUUUUUGUUUUUUCAUUAAAAAAAACUGAUUUAUUUUAGUAUUUACUUUAUAAUGGACUAUUGUGAUUAUUUUAUGUUCUUAAAUGUAAAAUUUAUCUAUUUAUGUGCAACAUGUACUUAAUAUCAAUAAGGCCCAUAAAUAUUGUAGUAAGACCUUAAGAACCUCGACUAAGCAAUGACAUUUAUUAGAAGACAAUUACUUACAAAAUUAUACAUAUACACAUAUAUUAUUUAUAUUCUAAAUUUUCACACAUUUUAAUUUAAACUCUAACUAUUUUAAGCAAUAACUUUAGUAAUAAUAUGAAAUACAUAUUUACAUAAAUACGUACUAUAUUUAGUAUAACAAAUAGUAAAAUUUUUCUAUACCAUAUCAUAAAUUUUUAACAAGAUUCAUAUAUGUAUGAAUACAUAUGAUGCAUAUGGCAAUAUGUGUCGAUAUUAAAACUCUAGUUUAAUUUUAAUGCUGUUAUUAGAAACAACGCUACUACUGUUUUAUAUACAAACAUUAUUAACAUUUGCUUAGUGCAUAAAUAUGUAAAUGAUAGCACUUACUAUAUUCCCUCCUUUUUUUCAAUAUUUUUCUCUUUUAUCUAUCAUAUAUAUUUUUUUACGUAAAUAAGAAUUAGAAAAAGUGGAAAAUAUGAUGACAUACACAUACACUUAUGUGUAUGUAUGAGAGAUUCGUACGUUUUUAUACUGACAAUACAAAAUAAUAACUUUAGGAAAAUAUAACAAAAACAUAUAACUAAGAUAAUAUUAACUGAAUAUGUAUGUAGUACACACAAAAAAGCGAACAUCAAAAACACAACUUAAUUAGCUUAGUUAUCAGUUUAUAAGUGAUUUGCACAUAUAAAUGGAAUUAAUUGUAGACAAAUAUAGUAAAAUUAAAAAUAAGAAAUAAUGUAAUAAAAACUACAAUGAAUAUAUGUAUGUAUAAUAUGUAAGUAUAUAAUUUGCUAAAUUUAUACUUUCAGUCCAACAGCUAUACUCAAAGUAUUGAUAUUUAAAUGGUUUAAUUGAAAAAAAAA